AUGAUCCAUUGUCUCUCCCUCCCUCCCUCUCUUGUAUCCUGGCAGAGCCAUUUGAACCUGCAGGCCAGUAGCGUUUUGGGAGUGGGCGGAGGGGAGGCGAGUCGGCUCCAGGCGGAGAUGCUUCAGCUUGAUCUGAUUGAUGCCACCGGGGAGACGCCCGCCGAAGAAGGGACGGCGCCCGAUCCCAUCCAGGAGCCCCCGCCAGUAACCAUGGAUACCUACAGGCCGAAAAGGCCCACGACGCUCAAUCUCUUCCCGCAGGUGCCUCGGACGCAGGACACUCUGAAUAACAACUCUCUGGGGAAAAAGCACAGUUGGCAGGAACGAGUGUCUCGGUCAUCAUCCCCCCUGAAAACGGGUGAGCAGACACCAUCCCAUGACCACAUUUGCCUGAGCGAUGAGGUCACUCACCAAAAUAGCACAGCCUCCACCAAAGAUCGGGGUACAUCCACAGAGAGCCCGUGCCGGCGUACAGCUUCAACACAGAUUGCAUCAGCCUGCCUGGCCUCCUCUCGAGCACCUGACAAGCAGCAGGCUGUCAACCGCCUCCCAUCCCAGAACCCCACUGUGGUGGUAGUAACAAGAGGACCUGAAGCUUAUCGGGAUCGUAUUCGCUACCAGACUGAUGUGAGAUUGGAAGCUACUGAGGAGAUUUACCUAACACCAGUACAAAAGAAUUUGGACCCUCUGGAGUCUGAGAAGCCAUUCAUGUCACAGUCCAGUGACAACCGGAUGUCCAUUAGCUCUGAUAUAGACACUUCUGGCUACCCACAAAUGACAGGAAAACCCAAUUCCUCAAUCAGUGAGGAGGAUGAAGUGCUGGAUUACUUAUCUUCACCUGACAAAAUGAACACACCACGGACUGUGUAUAGCAGCAGUAAUGGUGGCUAUCGGCCUUGCCAUAAUUUCCAGAGGGCAUCAGUGAGCUCUGAUACCAGCGCCCUCUCCUACGACUCAGUCAAAUACACACUGGUGGUGGAUGAGGAUGUACAGCUCGAACUUGUUAGUCUGAAACAGUGUUACUCAGGUUACAGUGAUGAGAGUGAUUCAGCCACCGUCUAUGACAACUGUGUCUCCUCACCAUAUGAAUCAGCCAUUGGGGAGGAGUAUGAAGAAGAUGCCCUGAAACGUGAUUCUGUUUGUCUCUCUGAGGAUUCCACCCCCGAGGCAGACAUCCACUUCUCCAAGAAGUUCCUCAAUGUCUUCAUGAGUGGCCGGUCACGUUCUUCCAGUGCUGAGUCCUUUGGGCUUUUUUCUUGCAUGAUCAAUGGGGAAGAACAGGAGCAGACUCACCGAGCUGUUUUCAGGUUUGUGCCUCGUCAUGAAGAUGAAUUGGAGCUGGAAGUGGAUGACCCUUUAUUGGUGGAAGUUCAGGCAGAAGAUUAUUGGUAUGAAGCUUAUAACAUGAGGACUGGUGAUCGGGGGAUCUUCCCUGCUUACUAUGCUAUUGAGGUCACCAAGGAGCCAGAUCACAUGACAGAUUCAUGCAAAACCAGUGAUUGGGUGGAUCAAUUCCGGGUGAAAUUCCUUGGCUCAGUCCAAGUUCCUUAUCACAAAGGCAAUGAUGUAUUGUGUGCAGCUAUGCAGAAGAUUGCCACUACACGUCGCCUCACCGUGCACUUUAACCCACCCUCCAGCUGUGUCCUGGAGAUCAACAUGAGAGGAGUUAAGAUUGCUGUGAAGAAUGAUGACACCAAGGAUCCCAGCAAAGGGAAUAAAUGUAGCCACUUUUUCCAGUUGAAGAAUAUUUCAUUUUGUGGAUACCACCCAAAGAACAACAAAUAUUUUGGGUUCAUUACCAAGCACCCUGCUGACCACAGAUUUGCAUGCCAUGUCUUCGUCUCGGAGGAAUCCACCAAGCCACUUGCAGAGUCUGUAGGGAAGGCUUUCCAUCAGUUCUACAAGGAAUGUGUGGAAUAUACGUGCCCCACAGAGGAUAUCUAUCUAGAGUAGGGGCAGGCCCAGCCCCCUCUUCGUGUAUAGACAAGGGCCAUUUCCCCAUUGUGCAUGGACAAGCUGCUUCAAGACUGAAGGAGGAAGAGGCAUGGGAGCAGUUUCCCUCCAUAUGCAGAGCCCCUCC